AUGAAGAAGACGAAGGAAAAACUAAUCAAACCAUUAAACCGAUGGUUAAAUCAAAAAGAAGAGAGAGAGAUCUCAGAAAGAGAGAAGCAGGAAGAGCUAAAGAGCUUGAGCAGAAGCUUAGGAGGAUUCUGCAAUCAUCUUCAAAGUAGCUGUGAUGCUUUCAAUCACUCUCUCCAGCGUCGCCCUAUUCCUCUUGAUUCGGCGUCAUCGACGUUCAUCAAUAGCCUCAAUCGGCGACUCUCCACAGCAGCUUCAGAGCUCAAUUUCCUGGAUUCGAUGUCUUUUGGUACUGUCUCUUUUGAGGAGCUUCUGGGUCACUGUAGUCAGAUCUACAAGAAUAAUCAAGAGGAUCUUUUGCAUCUCCAGGACCGUCUCACUGAUUUUGGCUAUCUUCCUGAAAUUGAAAUUGAUGAAGAGUCUGAAUUUGGAGCAUUUGUUCAUGGGGAUUCAAAGCAUGAUGAUGAGUUGGAAACUUAUUCAAUGCAACGUUCGAUCAAAAAAGGAUUAGACGAGGACGAAUUUCUAUAUGAUUCACUAAAUUUGAAAAACCUUGGGCUUUCAGAUGCUUGUCUUGCUACUUUAGCUUCGGAAGGUCAUGAUAAUGUCAAGGAUCCUCAAUCGUCUUUGAAAGAAUCAGUGAAGGGCAAAACAUUUGACACAAGUUCUCUACCUCCUCCAAAGGCAUCAGAGCUUUCCAAUGAAGAUGAGUAUGCGGCACUAGAGAUUGAUAGAACGUCAGGGCCUACAUUAACACUGCUAAAAGAAGAAUAUCAAAGUCUUCCCUCUUUCAUGAAGUCUCUAGCAUCGUGGGAGGAUCUGGUCAGUGCCGUGGAGAAAUUCAACUUGGUCCUCGAUAGCAAGAAACAAACAAAUGGGUCUUACUACUUCCGUGCAGAUGAGAUUCCGACUCUGGGACUUGGCAAUAAGGAGAAGGCGUACACGUUGCUGCUGACGCGGAUGAAGAGACUUGUAGUUGAGACAAUGGACGGUGUUGUAUCUUAUAGAGUUGCAUAGAGCUGAGAGCAAUCCAAUUAUACAGUGAUGUUUUAUAAGAUCCUUGUGUUUUGCAAAUCUUCACAUCCUAACAGCUUUUUUAUUGAUUUGUGUAUGAUUUUGGUGUGUUAGAACGAAUCCACAA